AAGGAGUGUGCAGGACAUGCAUUGAGAGGCUGAGACACAGAGAGUGAGAAAGAGGGAGCUCGCAGCACCUGAGAGGCAGCGGGCUUCAUUUGCAUCCAGAAGAGUCGGUCACAGGCAGCCUCACCAGGACUCAUGUAACUGCUGUUAUCCAUCGCUUGUGGAGCAGCACGGGGACGCUACAGCGGAGGAGGAGGAGGUGGCUGGAGCUUGAACGAGACGCUGAGAAGCAUCGCUGCCACCACCUGACUCAUACUGGGAGUCAGCCUCAGCACCUGCAGCGGCAGUCUGAGCACUCAAGGAGACCGGGGCAGACGGGGAGAGAGCUGCUGAGAUUAUGCGCGGGGCAGAGAGCUCCUGUGGAUUCCCCAUCUUCGGCAGCGGCAGCAGCAGCAGGAGGAGGAGGAGGAGCAGGAGCUGUGGCUCUACAGAUAGCAGCAGGGCUAGCUGGAGCUGCAGCAAAACAAGGAGCCCCAACUCCAAAGCUUUUUAUUUACCCAGAGACGAAGGUAGCAUUCACAGCCGAGGUGUAACAGGAACCAGCUGUCCAUGUUGCCACAGUGUUGAAUGUACCUGUAGCCAGAGCAGCAACAGCCGCUGCAGCACUGGUGCAAAAGUGACCACAGUAGUGCAGUUAGGUAUAGUUGUAGCAGUAGCAAGGGGGGGCAGUGGCUCAGGACACUGAAUGACCAGUGUGGCUGAUGAAGGCCACCUGGAUCCGCUUGCUGAAACGAGCCAAGGGAGGUCGCGUCAAGAGCUCCGAUGCCUGUGGUUCGGCCGACUCCUACACCAGCCGUCCAUCAGACUCCGAUGUGUCCCUUGAGGAGGAUAAGGAGGCAGUGCGCAGGGAGGCAGAGCGACAGGCUCAGGCACAGAUCGACAAGGCCAAGACCAAACCAGUUGCAUUUGCUGUUCGCACAAAUGUCAACUACAGCCCGUGUCACGAUGAUGAUGUCCCCGUGCCAGGCAUGGCCAUCUCCUUUGAGGCUAAAGACUUCCUCCAUGUCAAAGAGAAAUUCAACAACGACUGGUGGAUAGGACGCCUGGUGAAGGAAGGCUGUGAAAUCGGUUUCAUCCCCAGUCCAGUGAAGCUUGAAAACACUCGUAUCCUCCAGGAGCAGAGAGCCAAACAGGGCAAGUUCCACUCCAGUAAAUUGGGAGCAAACUCAUCCUCUAGUUUAGGUGAAGUGGUUCCUAACUCUCGGAAAUCUACUCCUCCUUCGUCUGCUAAGCAGAAGCAGAAGUCGGCGGAACACAUUCCUCCGUACGACGUUGUGCCUUCUAUGCGGCCCGUGGUUCUGGUUGGACCGUCACUGAAGGGCUACGAGGUGACAGACAUGAUGCAAAAAGCACUGUUUGACUUCUUGAAACACAGAUUCGAGGGAAGAAUAUCAAUCACUCGCGUCACGGCGGACAUCUCUCUGGCCAAACGCUCAGUCCUGAACAAUCCCAGCAAGCACGCCAUCAUCGAACGCUCCAACACGCGCUCCAACUUGGCUGAAGUCCAGAGUGAGAUUGAGCGGAUUUUCGAACUGGCCCGGACAUUACAGCUGGUAGUUCUGGACGCCGACACCAUCAACCACCCGUCACAGCUGGGGAAGACUUCCCUCGCCCCCAUCAUCGUCUACGUUAAGAUCACGUCUCCCAAGGUGCUGCAGAGGCUCAUCAAGUCCAGAGGCAAGUCUCAGGCCAAACACCUCAACGUCCAGAUGGUGGCUGCUGAUAAGCUGGCUCAGUGCCCUCCUGAGAUGUUUGACAUCAUCCUAGAUGAGAACCAGCUGGAGGAUGCAUGUGAGCACAUGGCUGAUUACCUGGAGGCCUACUGGAAAAGCACUCACCCCACCAGCUGCAACCCCCCCAACCCAGUGCUAACGAAGCUGCCCACGGCCGCCCUGCCGUCCAGCCCGGCCCCGGUCUCCGGCGUGCAGGGCGGCAGUGCGGAGCAGAAAGGAGAUAAAGCGUUAGUGGAGAGAAAGGGCUCCAGAGAUGAUCACCAGCACCAUCAUCACCAUCACCACCACCACCACCAGAGCCAGGACCAGGCCGACGCCGAUGCAGAGGCCGAGGGGGAGGGCAAUGAGGAGGAGGAGAGGCCUCCGAGGACGGAGGCCUCCAGGAGAGCCCAGCACAUCCACCACCGUUCGUCUUCCACCAGGACUGAGCAACACAACCACCACCACCAUCACCACCAAAACAGUCGAGCCCGGGGUCUCUCCCGGCAGGAGACUUUGGACUCGGAGACCCCCGAGAGCAGAGAGAGCCGAGAGAGCCGAGAGAGCAAGGACUCGGCUUAUAUCGAGCCGCGCACUCAGGUCCUCCACCAGGAGGAGGAGGAGGAGGAGGAGGAGGAAGAGGAGGAGGAGGAAGAAGAGGAGGAGGAAGAGGAGGAGGAGGAUGAGGAUCUAGGGGAGGGGCACCCCCAGCAGCAACAGCGUUAUGAGCCACUGCCCCACCGGGACCACAACCACCAUCACCACCACCACCAUCACCGCGGUGGGGCGGAGGAGGCCGGCCACAGCACGGGACACCACCGCUCAAAGGAGCGCGAGCAGGACCAUAACGAACGGAACAAGCAGCGCUCGCACCACCACCGGCCGGCACGCGACCACCACCACCACUACUACGACCGGGACAGAGACAGGGACCGAGAGGGGGAGGUGGCUCCCAAAAAGAGGGGUGACGCGGGGGAAUGGGCCAGAGACUCCUACAUCCACCAGUGACAGACCAAAUCCCUCCUGAAGCUCAAUUUUGACUCUUAACCAUUCUGUUCUCCCAUCGUGCUGCUAUACCCCGAAAAACCACAGCAUCCUAUUUAUGUACACUUCCUUUGUAAAAUGCUGUUGCAUCUUUUUCAACGGCAGGAUUUUGAUUACAUAGAUACAAAUAUAAAUAUAUAAAUAAAUAUAUGUAUGUGUAUCUAUGCAUAGACGUUGUUUAUGUGUGGAUAUGCAUGAAUAUUCUCAAAUAUGCAUAUUUUAAAAACCUGUGUUUGAUGAAGCAUGACACAAAAGCAGAAUUUGUUUCUGUAACUGAGCUGUGCUUUCUGUGAUUAGCAUUUUUUAUUUUUUAUUAUUUUUUUUGCUUGCUACCACUUGAAUAAUUUGUUCCGUCAGACUACUGCUAGGGUUGACUGCAACGGUUGACUAAACCAAGUUAGUUUGAUGCUGUAUUUGCAGCGGUCUUUUGUUUAAAAGAAUAGUUGGGCAAUUUGGGGAAUACGCGUACUCGCUGUCUUGCUGAGAGUUACCAGUUUAUUAGGUACACCUUAGCUAAAACUAAUGUAGUCUAUGAUUUUGUUCGAGGAUUUGUAUUUUUUUUUUGUAUGGGUGUUGAAACAACAGAUCUAAAUAACAGAAACAUGACUGUUGUAUUAGACUUCAUUAGUUUUAGCUACCUAAUUAACUGCCAACUGAGUCUAGAUGAGAAGAUCAAUAACACUCAUAUAUGAAGCUACAGCUAGCAGCCAGUUAGCUUAGCUGAAAAUGGGGAAACGGCUAGUAUGUAUGAAAGUGAAAAAAAUCAUCUACAGCUUGCUAAUUAACACUUUAUAUCUCUGUACAAAAACUAAAUCUAAAAACAACAAAGUUGUGGUUUUACACUGUGACUUAGUGUUAUAAGUGGUAUCAAUCUUCUCAUCUCACUCUCAGCUAGAAAGUUAGUAAGUGUAUUCCCCAAAGUGUCAGACUACUCCCUUAAUGUUAUGUUCAUCUUCUAUUGCUUAGUUCCUUUUUUAAAUUCUGCGUCCAUUGAUUUUGGUUUUAACAUAUUUAAGCCUCCCUCGAGGUGCACCUUAGUCUUACCUUCCAAGACGAAAUGAGCUCUACAAUAACUUCCUCUCUCUUACAUGCAGUACUGUUCUCUUUGUAUGGGUCCAGAGACAUUUUGUACACCCUUUAUUCUGCACUUUUACUGAUUCACGUUGGUUUCAAGUGAAAUUUGAUAUGACAUUGCAACUUUACUGUAGGUCAACUACCAAAACUCCCAUCAAGGUUCAUCUUUUUAUUAUAAGUCUGACCCCCUUUUUCUAAUGAAUGUUGUUUUAUUCCCACAGAGUAUAAAGAAUGUUAAUUUUAGGACAUCUUCUACACUAAAAAAAAUUUAAAAGAUGCAUUUGCAAACAAUUCAAAAAUGUUUACCAGACAAACAUAGUUUUGUCUUUUACCAUUUGUUCACUCCCUCUGACUAACACGAUCUAUUUUAAGAGACAAUGACGUAUUGAUGUAUUAAUUCAUGAUACUGAAAAUCUGAAUUGAGCUGCCCCUCUGUUUACAAACCCACCCUGUCCAUUCACUUUCUUUGAUUUUGCCUGACAAUUGUAAUUAUAAAAAAAAACUCCAUUUCUAUGCUACAUUGGUAGCACUACAGAUUUUCUAACAGUGUACAUGUGUAUGUACAUAAUGCAUAAAUAUAAAGAAUAAAGUUGGCAACAAAGGACUUGAUGAGAGGAGGAA